AUGCCAGCGGAGGAAAGACACAGGAGGGCAAAAUCUCUCCUUGAUAUCUCAGUUUUUGGAACAGAUGAACCGAUGAUAGUCAGCUACAGUUUGCUUUUACCUUCUCUUAAGAACAGAUUGCAAGUUGAAGUAAGAAGAAAGGUGCUCUGGGACACUAACUCCUGGAAAUUGCUGCUUCAUAGACCAAGCUGGAAAGAAGGGCACAAAAACAUCGAGUUCAUCACUCAUUUUGCUCAAUUCAUAUCAGAGACAGCACUGCCAAAUAGCACUUCUCUUGCAGACAGCCUGUGCAAAAUUAUAAAGAUGGGCUUUGCAUUUGGUUUCAAAGAGGAUGAGGUUGACUUCUUGCUGGUCACAGAAAACCUAGAGCUGUCGAUUGAGGACAAAAAAUUCCUUGAUUCCCUAUUUCCUCCUGCCAAGUCUCCUGUUCCAAUGCAACUUCAGUCAUACUGCCUGAAAGCACCUUGUACACCUGAAACUUCCU